AUGGCAGGGGACCUCGUGGUGGGGAUGCUCUAUAACUUAUUACUGCCACUGCUCCUUCUGGCUGCGUCUUCAUUCCGCUACAAUGGUCUGUCGGUGGUGUAUUUUCUGUUUCUCCUCACCUUGCCCCUGCUGCCGAACCCCAGCCUGGUCACUAUGAAAGGUAAAACGGGUCAGUUCUUGCGGCUGAUCAUCUGCACUAGUUUGACCCUCCUGACCCUGCAGUGCUUCAUGCAGAUCCCCUUCGCCUACAUCCCCCCGCAAGUUAGUGGCCACUGGGAAGAUGUCCUCUACCAUUUGGGCAUUAUAAGAUUCAGCUCGGUGGAUGCUGGGAACAUUGUGCGUCUCUUGGCCCCGGACCUGGGCCUCCUCUUCUCUUCCCUCUUCAUAUUGAGGCUGUGCAGAAAACUUCUACGCUCUUUGCCCCAAGUUAGUCUGCAUGAGAACGGAAUACCGCCUUCAAACCCUGAGGAAGUGGAAACCUCUGAAUCAGAGUCUGAGGAUGGAAGUGACACGGAGGGCUCGUCCUUCGACAGCUCAGAUGAGACUACGGUGCCGGUUCAGACGGGCCCGCCCCAGUUUGUCCAGAAGCUGAUAGUGUUUGCAGCCGCACUGAGGCUGCUGCUGUCAGCGAUCAUGAACACGGCGGGGAAAGUGGUGGUGACUUUACUUCUCGGACUGGCAGGUAUCAUGCUACCAUCCCUCACCUCAGGGAUGUAUUUCGGAGCGUUUCUGGGGCUGGUGUGGUGGUGGGUGUUCAGCCGCUCCAUCAGCAUGCUGCUCUUCAGCUCUCUGUGUGUGAUGUUGGCCAUCUUCAGCGGAGGACACCUGCUGGCUCUCUACCUCUACCAGUUGCCUCUGUCGCAGCAGCUGAUCCCCCCGGACGACGUCUAUGCCAGGUUGUUUGGUAUGACAGGAGUGAUCCGAACCAACAGUUCUGACCCGCACAUGCUCGGUCUGCACCCACAUGUCAGCUGGCCAGACUUUAUCAACCCUUUGGUUCUGCUGCUGCUCUACUACACUCUGGUGGCUCUGCUGCACAAAUGGGUCCACAUCACAGAGGAGGAUGUUGUGGAUGAUGAGGAGUAUGAAAGUCCAGCAGGAAGUCCAGAGGAUCCUCCCAGCUUCUCCCGGGUCAUCUACAUCACAGGAGAUAAGCAGGAGCCAAUUAUUUUAAUACCAGGGAGUUCCUGGCAAGAUGUCCAUAGAAAUGAUCUGUGCUCUCUGUUAGACGUGGCAGGGUACACAAACUGUUACCCUCCACCACAGUAUGAAGGCAAAGGCUCCCCGUCACAUGAGACAGAAGGAGAGGGAGAAAUGGAGGAGAAGUCUGAAAUGGACUUGAAAACCCAAACAGAGACCUUGCCUCCCCCCUCAGGCCCAAGUGGUCUGGUCAUCUUUGGACGCCUGGUGCAAAAACACAGCUAUGUCAGCGCACUCAUUAUCAUGAUGGUGUGGAGUAUCACCUACAACAGCUGGCUGACCUUCGCCCUGCUGGUGUGGUCCUGUAUUAUCUGGAUGAUGCGGGACCGCCGGCGCUACGCCAUGCUGUCGGCGCCCUUCCUGGCGGUGUACGGCACCGCGCUACUGCUUCUGGGCUUCCUCAGCGGCCUGCGGCUCGACCGGGCCGAGCUGUACCCCGGCCUGCCGAAGGCCGUCAUCACCGACUUCGACCUGAACAGCUACCAUCCUGCGCCCUGUGUCCACCUGGGAGCAAAGGUCUUCUACAGUUUCAGCUUCUGGUUGAUGUUUCGUCAGCAGCUAAAGGAGAGACAGGAGGAGCAGAGCUUAAAGGCCGAAUCUCUUGAUGAAGUCGUGUCAGAGGAGGAAACUCCGCCAUCACCUCUGGCAGCGAUGCUGAUCUCAGGAGUGAAAGGGACGCUGGUGAAAUACUGGAUCCUCUUCUGCUGCUCCAUGUUCUUUGUGAUCAGCUUCUCUGGAAAGGUGGUUGUCUACAAGAUCCUCUACAUUGUCCUCUUCCUCUUCUGUGUUGUCCUCUACCAUAUCCGUUAUGACGUGUGGCGGCGAGUGCUGAAGACGUUCUGGUCCGUGGUGGUCGGGUACUCCAUGGUGGUGUUGAUCGCCAUCUACAUGUACCAGUUCAGAAGCGUGUCCGGGCUGUUCAAACAGAUCAUGGGCAUGUCUGAGGAAGGUCUUCGUGACAUUGGUUUGGAGCGUUACGACACAGUGGAGCUGUUUGCACGUAUCCUGCUUCCUGCUGUGUUCCUAUUGGCCUGUAUACUCCAGCUGCACUACUUCAACUCAGACUUCCUGACUCUCACUGACCUCGACAACGUCCCCAUCAGAGAGGCUCCCAGCAUCAAAGAAAACAUUGAAAAGAUCCAGAAAAGACUUGUGAAGGAGCAAAUGGGAAAUGGGAUGAGUCAGGAGACUUUGGACAGCGUUGGAUUACAAACCUCCUCAGAGAAAGGAGCGGAGGAUCAGGAAGAGAAGACAGAGGAGGCUGUCCCCAGCAGUCUGGAGGAUAAGUGGAUUGUGAUCGUGGACCGGGCGAGCCUGCUGCUCAUUCAGGCUCUGUCAGGACUCCAGAAGCUGCAGGAGCAGAGCUGGAGGCUGCUGGAGCUCCACAGCCUCAAAAUUGUGUCCUCCGGCAUCAUCUGGGUAUCACUGCAAGAGGUUUCUCUGAUGAACUCGCUCUUCCUGGUUCUGUGGGUGUUUGCGCUCCCGUUCUCAAGGUUACGACCUGCGGCCUCCAGCAUCUCAGCGGUGUGGGCUUGCGUCAUGGUGGUGUGCAAGAUGUUUUACCAGCUCAAAGUCAUAAAACCGCUAGAUUACUCCUCUAACUGCACAGUUGGGCUGGUGCCGUCCAACAGCUCGGGCUUGGAUGACGGGGCGGAGCUGAGGGGGAACAUGGUGGAGCUGCUCACCAGGUCUAUUCUCUACAUCGAGCCUGUGGACCCUGUGUACUGGUGUGGAGCGCUGCUCAAAUGUGAGGGCAGGAUCCUCCCCUGUCUAAGGAACCACCUGAUGGUGCUCGGGCUGCUGGUGUUCGAGGCAACCGUCCAUCGGCACCAACUCUACUUCCGUCUCCAUAACAACCUGAAGACCCCGUCCUUCAGCAUCAUCUUCCAGGGCAUCACGAGGCAGCACCUUGAUUACGGCGUCCUGCCCUGCAUCAAGUACUUCAUCAACUUCUUCUAUUACAAAUUUGGAUUGGAGAUCAGUUUAAUCGUGGCGGUCAAUGUGAUUGGUCAGAGGAUGGAUUUCUAUGCCCUGCUGCAUUCCUGCGCUCUAUUGGCUGUUGUGUCUCGGAGACGCAGGAAGGCCAUCGGGGAGGUGUGGCCUAAAUACUGCUGCUUCACUGCGGGGCUCAUGGUGCUGCAGUACCUGCUCUGCAUCGGCAUCCCUCCUGCCGUCUGUGUUGAUUACCCCUGGAGAACGGCACUUAGACCUCUCACCUCAAAUAUUAUCAAGUGGUUUUACCUGCCGGACUUCGCCAUGAGCCCCGAUCCUUUAUUCAUAUUCUACGACCACCUCCUGCUGCUCUGCUCCUCUCUGCAGUGGCAGGUGUUUGAGGAGGAGAACCGAGCGGCUGUGAGACUGCUGGCUGGAGACAACGUGGAGAUCAGCCGUAGUCUGGACCCUUCUUCCUGCAACUCCUUCAUCCCUGUCGAUAACUUCCUUCACUGCAGGUGCUACCUCGACAUGGCCAAAGUGUUUGUGUUCAGCUAUUUCUUCUGGCUGGUGCUGUGCCUCAUCUUCAUCACCGGCACCACGCGGAUCAACAUCUUCUGCCUGGGCUACCUGGUGGCCUGUUUCUACUUCAUGCUGUUUGGAGGCAGCGUGUUGCUGCAGCCGGUCAGAUACAUCCUGCGCCUGUGGGACUGGCUCAUCGGAUACACCUGCUUCGUCAUCGCCAUGAAGAACCUGCUGUCUCUGGGGUCUUGUGCCUACCUGGACAGCCUGUUGAAGAGCGGCUGCUGGUUUAUUCAGGCCUUCAGCCUGUUCUGCACCAUCAAAGGCUACGACGUCCCUGCUCCUGACGAUGGGUGCGAGCUGCCGGAAGGUGAGGCCGGCAUCGUCUGGGACGCCAUCUGUUUCACGGUCCUGCUGGCUCAGAGGAGGGUCUUCCUCAGCUACUACUUCCUCUAUGUGGUGUCGGACCUCAAGUCCUCCAAGAUCCUGGCGUCCAGGGGCGCUGAGCUGUUUGAGGCCAGAGUGAAGAAGGAGGUAGCUGCCAGGCUGGAGAUGGAGAAGAAGUCUAUGCAGACACUGAAGAAACAGAUGGAGAAGAUCAAAUCAAAACAGAAGGGUGGACCAGCAGACAAACCAGUUCUUCCUGUUGAUCAGGAGCAGGUUACACUGGCUGACGAUGAGAAGGCUAAGAAAGAUGUCGGAAAAUGGUGGAAGCCCUGGGUGUCUCAGCCUGGAGUGGAAAACAACUGUGGCUACCACCUGUUUGAGAGUGACAGUGAGGAGGAAGAGGGGGACGACGUUACAGAGAAGAAUGAAGAGAAACCACCACCGAAGAAGAAAUCUGCUUUCCAGUUGGCGUACGAUGCCUGGGUCAACAGCUCUAAGUCGGCUCUUAAGGACCUGAAGAAGGAGGAAAAAAAGAUAAAGAAAGAGGAGAAGAAGAGAGCAAAGAGAGAGCUGCAGAGACAGCAAGGCAUUGAAAGAGCAGACUCUAGUGAGGAUGACCUGGAUGAAAGCAUUGUGGAGGAAGAGGGAGAGGAGGAAAAAGAAAACAUCCUGCAGCGUGUCGUCAGCACCCUGAAGUUCAGCGUUGUGUUUGUGAAGUCUCUUCUGGACGACCUGACGCAGGGCCUGAACUCCUUCUGCAAAGAAGGCCUGGACAUUUCCAAGGUGCUGCGCUUCGAGCGUGCGUUACUCAGCCAGCAGCAGAAGAAGGGUAAAGAUGUGAGCCAGGAGAGCGUGAAGCAGUUUUAUGAAAACUGGAUAUCCCGUCAGAACACGCUUUCUUCCCAAGACGACCUGGAUGACUACCUGCCUCCCCCCUCCUCCCCGCCUGACGUCCCCUCCUCAUCCCACGCCUAUGCUAAGCUGAAGAACCAAGCCUCCAAAGUGUCCUGGGGCAGCAGCGUCUCCAGCUGUAUGACGGACGAGACGCUGCUCGGCUCCCGGCAGCCGACCCAGGAGGAGCUGGACGACCCCCCCGCUGUGUCUCCUGCUGCUGACCAGCUCAGACGCAGGCUCCUGAGGACAGCCAACAUCGACCUGACCACCUUUGAGACUGUUGAACUUUCACCAAGUUGUGAAGAUGGCGCCCCUAAAAUAGAAGGGCACAAACAAGACGAGGAAGAUGAGGAGGAAAUGGAGGCUGAGACAAGACGUGAGCGAGAACAAGAAGAGAUGGAGGAAGAGGAGGAAGAGGGACCACGAGAGGUGGACCUUGAGGUGGAGGGAGAAGAGCUGAACGAGAAAACGUCUCUGAGAGAAGUAUAUGAAUGUGCAGAUUACCCAGAAUGCACCUCGCUGAGUUUAAGGGAGAGUGAUGGAGAGAAGAGCAUCAACCUCCUGGGAUCCCCCCGACCUCUGAGUGAAGCCAGGAACCUCACCGCCAGCGAGCUGCUGCUCAACAAUAUGUUUGAGAAUGAUGAGAUCUCAGAGUCGGAUAAGUUUUUCGUGACGUUGCCGCCGCCGCUGAAGCUGCUGUUCGCCCUCUACAACACCAUGGUGUCCAAGUCAGAGAUGCUUUGCUACUUUGUCAUCAUCCUGAACCACAUCGUGACGGCGUCCUUCCUCUCGCUCAUGCUGCCCAUCCUCAUCUUCCUCUGGGCCAUGCUGUCCGUGCCCCGGCCCACCAAGCGCUUCUGGAUGACCGCCAUCAUCUACACCGAGCUGACUGUUGUGGUGAAGUACUUCUUCCAGUUUGGUUUCUUCCCCUGGACCACCUCUGCGUACCGAGGCAUCAACGCAGAGCGGCCCUUCGCCCUGCCAAACAUCAUCGGGGUGGAGAAGAAAGACGGCUACGUCCUCUUCGACCUCAUCCAGCUGCUCGCUCUGUUCUUCCACCGCUCCAUUCUCAAGUGCCACGGGCUGUGGGACAACAAAGAGGUGGAGAUGCCAGAUUUUUUCAAGAAGAUGAAGAAGAAAGUGGACAGGAAGAAGAUGACAGGAGGAGAUAAGACAGGCAGCAGUGAUAAAUCUAAACGCCGGCUGAAGUUCCUCCCUAUCCAGGCCUCCACCACCUCCCUGUUCUGCAGACGGAGGAAAGGCGACUCAGCAGAAUCUGAUGAGGGGAAGCCCAAGAAGCAGCGGAGCAUGAAGAAGAGAGGACAGCGAAACAAGAUUCCUCUGACCAGGAAGCAGAGGAUCCGACAGCAGAUCAAAGAGAGGAUGCUGCAGGCCAAAGCUGCCAUCAUAGAAGUCGCCCUUCACAUUUACUUACCCAUAAGACAGUUCUUCUAUGACAUCAUCCACCCAGACUACAGCCCUGUGUGUGACGUCUACGCUCUCAUGUUCCUCAUCGAUGUAGUCAACUUCAUCGUCACGAUAUAUGGAUACUCGGCUUUUGGAAAAUAUUCUUCAGCGGCCGACAUCUCAGAGUCUCUGUCGGAGGACCAGGUGCCAGAGGCCUUCCUGGUCAUGCUGCUCAUGCAGUUCGGCACCAUGAUAGUGGACCGGGCCCUCUACCUGAAGAAGUCCCUGCUGGGAAAGUGUGUUUUUCAGGUGGUGUUGGUGUUCGGCAUACACUUCUGGAUGUUUUUCAUCCUCCCGGGCGUCACUGAGAGGAGGUUCAACAGGAACUCUAUUGCUCAGCUCUGGUACUUUGUGAAGUGUAUCUACUUCGGCCUGUCUGCCUACCAGAUCAAAUGUGGCUACCCAAACCAGAUCCUGGGCAACUUCCUCACCAAAAACUACAACUACCUGAAUCUCUUCCUCUUCCAGGGGUUCCGUUUGGUUCCCUUCCUGACAGAGCUGAGGGCUGUGAUGGACUGGGUCUGGACCGACACCACUCUGUCCCUCUCCAGCUGGAUCUGUGUUGAAGACAUCUAUGCAAACAUUUUCAUCCUCAAGUGCUGGAGGGAGUCAGAGAAAAAAUACCCCCACACUCCGGGUCAGAAGAAGAAGAAGGUGGUGAAAUACGGGAUGGGAGGAUUCAUCAUCUUCGCUCUCAUCAGCAUCAUCUGGUUCCCGCUCCUCUUCAUGUCGCUGGUCCAGUCGGCAGCCGGAGUGAACAACCCCCCGGUGGAGGUCUCCAUCCAGCUCAGCAUCGCAGGAUACGAGCCUCUGUUCACCAUGACCGCCCAGGAGCAGAACUUGGUUCCGUACACAGAAGCUGGAUUCAACCGACUCACCAAAGUCUACGCAACCCAUCCAUCGGCGAUGCAGUUCAUAAUGAACUACGGUGCAGACGACAUCAUCGUGGCUAAGAUCAAGAGCGAUGCCAGUCUGCUGUGGAGCAUCAGCCCGGCCAGUCGAGCCGCCAUGAUACAGGAGCUCAGCAACUCCACUCACGUAUACAUGACCUUACGCUGGUCACUGCUCAGGAACACGUCCAUCUCAAUGGUUGUAGAGACAGUGGGAGAAAACACUGUGAAGUUUGAGGACCAAGCUUUGAGAGAAGGGAUCAUCCACAUGCUCCAAGGCAACAGCAGCAGCAAACCUGUGCUCAUUCAUUCUCUGCUGCCGAAGUUCAUCAGAGGUAACAGAGGAGCCGAGUCCAAAAUGGCAAAAAGCAUGAAAGUGGGGUACUCGGAGCGCCCGGAGGUGCAGGCGCUGUCCUUCUUCAGACCCAUGUCAGUGAAGCUGGAGCAGGUGGACUCAGGCUCAGAGAAAGGGGCUGACCAGUGGUGGGUGGUGGAGGAAUGCUCCCCCGUCGUCGCAUACUCCCACCACAAGUGCCACAGCAUAGAGAUCGUGGUGAUCAGCGAUAAAGUAAGCCCCUCCAGUCUGGGCUUUCUGGCCGGACACGGCAUUGUGGGUCUGUACAUGUCGGUGGUGCUGGUCGUCGGAAAGUUUGUCAGGGAGUUCUUCAACGGGAUCUCCAGGUCCAUCAUGUUUGAGGAGCUGCCGUGUGUGGACCGGGUCCUGAAGCUCUGCACGGACAUCUUCGUUGUCCGGGAGACGGGAGAAAUGGAGCUGGAGGAGACGCUGUUUGAGAAACUCAUCUUCCUAUACCGAUCGCCGGAGACCAUGAUCAAGAUGACCAGAGAAAAGAAAGACAGCUAGGGUUGGGCUGCGGAGGGUGUCACGACUGCACACCCAUCACUCAAAAUGGAUGUAUUAGAGCAAAUAACCUUUGGUGCAGUAAUGUCCUUUAUUUGUAUUAAAGUGAACAGCAGGUGGAACCUGUGAUAAAUGAUCCAAUUGUAAUCAAUCUGAUGAAUAUCUGAGUGAGAUUGUGAGUCCCAUCAUCACCUUUGGGUAAAAAGAAAGCAGAGCAUCUUUUAAAGCGCUUCUCUAAAAAAAAAAAUCACAUGGUUUUCAUACCUUUUACAUGUGAUCAGUUUCACUAAUUUAAAUAAUUGAAACAAUGAUCUGUUAGUUAACCAACACUAGAAUUCCUAGCAAAAAGCUAAACGAGUAUUUUCUAUCAUACAGAAAAACAAUGACAUGUUUCAGAAUACUUUUAAAGUCACUAAACUAUAACACCAAUUACAUUUAGUUACAGUAAAACAAUGAAAGCGUGCCAGUUUUUUUGCAUUUGUUUUUUUACUUCCAGCCCACAUUGCAAUGCAUGCAUUUUGGAUUCAGGUUUUUACUAGAACAGUAUUCCCCAACUCAGAUUCUGGCAGGAUCAUCAACAUACCAUUGAUAAACUCAUGGUUAACACACACAUACCUCUGUAAAUACCAUGUUUCUGUAUACUACCAUGUAAACUACUGCACUGAUUUAUUUAUACCAAAAUAAAAAUUAUUAUAGACAAAUGUUCCAGUGUCUCUUUGUGCAGUUCUAGAAAUGCAAGAAUACAAGGAAACAAAAUGUAUUUCCGAUAUUCAUCUUUAAUACAAUUUAAAUUACAAAUGAAAGAGAAAGGAGAGGAAUUUCAUCCACGUCAUCUUGAUGUCAUCCAUCUUUCUUCUCUGCAGUGUGCAGGACAGGACAAUAAAGGACCUCACAACUCAUGGGGAAA